UAUGAUUCGUAUUUAGUAAUUACAGAGUCAAAUUGUGGAACCAGCUGGACUUAAAGGAUAGUAUUACGAAUAAGUAAAAAUUGAUCAUUAUAAAUGUUUAGAGACCAUAAAAUAAAUUGGAAUGGUUCAAAAAUAAUGGAUGGGGAUAUAAGGAUACAAAAUUUGUUUUAGAAUAAGAUGGAGCUGUUAGAUUGACUGGAAAUAAAUAUAGAUUUUCAAAUUAGAGGAUGAUGAAAUUUAAAGAAUGGGCAGAAGCUAAAGUUGGAAUUGAUUUAAGUCUUAAUUGUGAAGCAUAAAAUGAAAUUCCUGCAGAUACACCUAUCAUUAAUGAAUAAUUUAUGAAUGCCAUUUAAGGAUAAUUUAAUGAGAUUUCCUUUGAUAAUGCAUAAAGAAUAUUGCAUUCUCAUGGACAUACAAUGUAAGAGGUAUAUAAUAUAUUAUAUGUAGAUUUAUGAAUUAAGACAUGGUAAAUUAGCUAGAAUAGUAGAUUGUGUAGUGUUUAUAAAUUCUCAUGCUUAAGCAGAAUUAUUAGUCAAAUUAGCUGUAGAAUACAAUGUAAUGUUGACAGUAUAUGGAGGAGGAACUAAUGUUACAUGGGCAUUAUAAUGUCCAAAAGAAGAAAGAAGAAUGAUUGUUUCUGUUGAUACAUCAAGAAUGAAUCAUGUAAGAUGGGUAGACAGAAAGAAUAUGACAGCUUUGGUUGAAACUGGAGUUACAGGAAAGGAUUUAGAGAAGGAAUUAUCAAGAUAUGGAGUAGUAUGUGGACAUGAACCUGAUUCAGUAGAAUUUUCAACUCUUGGAGGUUGGAUUAGUACAAGAGCAUCAGGGAUGAAAAAGAAUCGUUAUGGAAAUAUAGAAGAUAUCAUUUUAUCUGUUAAAGUUGUUACUCCAACUGGAACUUUAUCUUAAAGUUUAGAUUAUCCAAGAGUAAGUAGUGGUCCAGAUUUGAAUUAAAUUGUUUUGGGAUCUGAGGGUACUAUAGGUAUUAUUACUGAAGCAGUUAUUAAAAUUAAAGCUCAACCUGAAGUAAUUUGAUAAUAUUAUAUAAAGGUUUGUAAAUAUGAAUCAAUUCUUUUCCAUAACUUUGCUUUGGGUACUGAGUUUAUGUAUAAAUUAUCAAGAAGUAAAGUUUGGCCAGCUUCAGUUAGAUUAGUUGAUAAUAAUUAAUUUUAAUUUGGUAUGGCUUUGAAAACAAUGCCUCAUAGUAAAAGAGAAGAAUUUAUGGAUAAGGUGAAAAAGUAUUUCAUCACAUAAUUUAUGCAAUAUGAUCCAGAUUAAAUGUGUUUAGUUACAGUAGUUUUUGAAGGAACUAAAUAAGAAGUUGAAUUUUAAGAGAAGAAAGUUUUUGAGUUGGCUAAAUUUUAUAAGGGAUUUAGAGCAGGAGCUGAAAAUGGAGAAAGAGGAUAUUUCUUAACAUAUAUGAUUGCAUAUUUAAGAGAUUUUGCUAUGUAAUUUUAAUUUAUUGCAGAAUCUUUUGAGACAGCAGUAGGAUGGAAAAAUGUUCCUGCUGUUUGUGAAAAUGUAAAAAAAUGAUUUGAUUAAUAGAUUUAAAGAAGAAUAGUAGAAGAGUGUUCAAAAAGAGGAGUUGAAAAGGAACCAUUUGUUUCAUUUAGAAUUUCUUAAGUUUAUGAUACAGGAGCUACUAUUUAUGUUUAUUUUGGUUUUGGUUAUAAAGGNCAAUGUAAUGUUGACAGUAUAUGGAGGAGGAACUAAUGUUACAUGGGCAUUAUAAUGUCCAAAAGAAGAAAGAAGAAUGAUUGUUUCUGUUGAUACAUCAAGAAUGAAUCAUGUAAGAUGGGUAGACAGAAAGAAUAUGACAGCUUUGGUUGAAACUGGAGUUACAGGAAAGGAUUUAGAGAAGGAAUUAUCAAGAUAUGGAGUAGUAUGUGGACAUGAACCUGAUUCAGUAGAAUUUUCAACUCUUGGAGGUUGGAUUAGUACAAGAGCAUCAGGGAUGAAAAAGAAUCGUUAUGGAAAUAUAGAAGAUAUCAUUUUAUCUGUUAAAGUUGUUACUCCAACUGGAACUUUAUCUUAAAGUUUAGAUUAUCCAAGAGUAAGUAGUGGUCCAGAUUUGAAUUAAAUUGUUUUGGGAUCUGAGGGUACUAUAGGUAUUAUUACUGAAGCAGUUAUUAAAAUUAAAGCUCAACCUGAAGUAAUUUGAUAAUAUUAUAUAAAGGUUUGUAAAUAUGAAUCAAUUCUUUUCCAUAACUUUGCUUUGGGUACUGAGUUUAUGUAUAAAUUAUCAAGAAGUAAAGUUUGGCCAGCUUCAGUUAGAUUAGUUGAUAAUAAUUAAUUUUAAUUUGGUAUGGCUUUGAAAACAAUGCCUCAUAGUAAAAGAGAAGAAUUUAUGGAUAAGGUGAAAAAGUAUUUCAUCACAUAAUUUAUGCAAUAUGAUCCAGAUUAAAUGUGUUUAGUUACAGUAGUUUUUGAAGGAACUAAAUAAGAAGUUGAAUUUUAAGAGAAGAAAGUUUUUGAGUUGGCUAAAUUUUAUAAGGGAUUUAGAGCAGGAGCUGAAAAUGGAGAAAGAGGAUAUUUCUUAACAUAUAUGAUUGCAUAUUUAAGAGAUUUUGCUAUGUAAUUUUAAUUUAUUGCAGAAUCUUUUGAGACAGCAGUAGGAUGGAAAAAUGUUCCUGCUGUUUGUGAAAAUGUAAAAAAAUGAUUUGAUUAAUAGAUUUAAAGAAGAAUAGUAGAAGAAUGUUCAAAAAGAGGAGUUGAGAAGGAACCAUUUGUUUCAUUUAGAAUUUCUUAAGUUUAUGAUACAGGAGCUACUAUUUAUGUUUAUUUUGGUUUUGGUUAUAAAGGUAUUGCAGAUCCAGUUAAAUGUUAUUCUGAAAUUGAGGAUGCUGCAAGAGAGGAAAUAAUGAAAAAUGGAGGAUCCAUUUCUCAUCAUCAUGGUAAAUAAUUUAAAUUCAUUUAUUUUAGGUGUUGGUAAGCUCAGGAAAUAAUUUAUGUAAAGAUAAAUUGGAGAUACUGGAGUAGAAAUAUUAAAAAAGAUUAAAUAAUAGAUAGAUCCCAAGAAUAUAUUUGGAAAUUAGAAUUUGAUAUGAA